AUGAAAAAAUCAGCUUGUUGGUUUCUGUCUAUUGCUCUACUUGUUUUGAUUUUUUGUGUGUUUGUGAGGGCUGCUUCAUCAUCAUCUGAUCUCGGAGAAAAGAGUUAUUGCAUCAACGAAUUGGAUUCUAGUUUUAUUAACAAAUGUCAUCGGCAAGUCCCAUCAAACUUUUUGACGAUGCUAGCAAACUUUGCAGUGCAAUGGAUAAAUCCAAGAACAUUGGCUAUUAGUGCUGUAUUUUUCCUCAUUAUCCUUCCUAUUUUACAAUUUGCUUCAAUCAGAAGGGAAUCGGGUGUGGUCCAACAUGUUCUUUCCAAGUUUUUGCACAACAAAAUUGUCAUUUUGAAUUUUUUGCACCGAGUUUGUUAUACUCUUGUUUUGGAUGUAGCUCUCUAUGCGGUUUUUAGACAAAUGAGACCUUGCAGCUGCACAACAGAUGGAGGAAAGACAUUCCAACAUUUUGGAAGUAGAUAUGGAAUGCCCUCUGGUGACGCUAUGUCAGGUGCAAUUUUUGGUAUUUUUCUUUUUGAUAUUGCCCCUUAUCAUGGCUGGAUUGCUAGAGCCAUCGGUAUCAUUGUUAUUCCAUUAAUUUGUUUGGAGAGAGUGGUUCUUGGAUAUCACACAAUUGCUCAAGUCACUGUUGGUUCUAGCUUGGGAAUAUUGUUGCAUUACUAUUCUUCUAGAGCUCCUCAAUUUAUGAUUUUCAUUGAUGGAGUUAUUCAAAUUAUAGCUGGAGCUGUUCUUUUGCAAGUAGAUCCUUCUCUGAUCUAUGAGAAAGACUCUAUGAAUAAUUUAUUUUCGUGGUAUGUGUGGGGAGUGUCUUUCCAAAUUUAUGUGUUCAUGGAAAUUGGACGUUAUUAUUUCAACAAGAAAAACAUUCAAAAAAUUAGAUUUAGUUUGCAACAUUUAAUCACCACAAAACAAAUUGGUGAAGUAGCCGAGCACUCAAUCGAUGUUGAUCAUGAGAAAGACUCAAAACAUCUUAAUGCACAAAUGGAUGUAACAAGACUCACUGAUUUCGGAUUUACUUGCAUUUCCUUCACCCUAAUGCUGCUCGUCAAUUUCUUUUCAACGGGCAUUGGGCAAGAAGGGUGGCUCACUAAAAUUCACUAG